ACCAGUUAACCUAACCUGCAUGUCUUUGGACUGUGGGGGAAACUGGAGCACCCAGAGGAAACCCACGCGGACACGGGGAGAACAUGCAAACUCCACACAGAAAGGCCCUCGCCGGCCACGGGGCUCGAACCCGGACCUUCUUGCUGUGAGGCGACAGCGCUAACCACUACACCACCGUGCCGCCCAAAAAAAAAAAAAUUAUUAUAGGGGAGGAGGUCUGGCCGCCUUGAUGUGCGGCAUGCAUGGCCCAUCUCUAUGGUGGAACACGCCCUGGUGCCCACAAACCAAACCCCCAGCUAUGGGCAAAUAGCACCACUGCCUUGUGGUUGUCACCGGAGUGAACAAGGCUAAGGGAGACAACCCCAACAGAAAAAUUCGGAGUGGAGCCCUGAAGGCGGAUGGUCAUCGCACUGCGUCACCAUCCGGCAACUCCUGAAGCUGUGCUGGCGCCAACCGUAUUGGCUCGUCCUUUCCUUUGGAGACUGCCAGCAAAGCCAAGAGGGGGAUCCUGAUGACUGGGCAUCCCAGGAUCUCCAUAUCAUCGCCCAGGCCUAUGCCCUGGAGAGGUCACUCCAGUGCCGCUACUAGCGGCAGCAACAACACGGGAAGACAGCAGUUACGAGUUCAAAGUCUAGAGCGGAUUGGCGUAAAUUCACGGUGCUAUGGGUUGUCUUCUGACGGUGGGAGGGAUCAUCACGUCCCACUGGCCAGCUACUGCCUGCCUCAAGCUGGGCAGCCCCCAGCCAGUAAGGUGUUGGCCCGCCACAGUUCGCCCACUUCAAUGGGUGCUUGGAGAGUAGGCCGAAAGGCAGACUGUAAAAUUCCAACAGACACCCGACCAAGCAACUUCACCUGCAGUCACGGGCGCAGAUAGAGGGUGGGACGGGUGGGAUUCAUCCCACCCAGAUUUAAAUUCACCUCGUUCGGUCCCCCCCACUUAUAGGGAGGAAAAAACGUCUAUACUGUCUUUCUUUGCAUAAGGCAAACCUCACGGAAAAAUCAAAAGACUAAUUACCAUUCGGUUUAUUGAGGUGCACAGCAGUACAUACAUAGUUGCAACAACUCACAUAAAACAAAACAAAGACUGAUAUUCGGUUGGUUGAGCUGCGCAGACUGCACAGGUUGCGAGCUCGAGCUUGGUUGCUAUGGUUACCCACAACAAGUUUGACAGGCAUAUCGGGGACAGCUCCUAGUUCAGGACCCCAACACGACAUGAUGAAGGGUGCCAAACCGAAAAGGCAGAAAAUGAUUGCAUCGUUUUUUCAAAAAACAACGACUCAGUUCGGCGGUGCUCAGUGGAUCCUGAUGCAAAGUUCAUCUCCCUGUGCUGACCGAGCUGAGCACUAACGUGUGUGUUUGGCUAGAAACGGUCCUGAAGAUCCAUUUGUCAUUGUUACUGGAUAAUUCAAAAGCACUAUGGCGAAGUCUGGAUAUGGCUACUACCGGACUACUAUCUUCUUUGCCAUGUAUGUGGGCUAUACACUGUAUUACUUCAACAGGAAGACUUUCUCCUUUGUAAUGCCCUUUCUAAUGCAAGACAUCAAGUUGGAUAAAGAUGACUUGGGUCUUAUCACCAGCAGCCAGUCCCUGGCCUAUGCUAUCAGCAAGUUCAUUAGUGGGGUGCUCUCCGAUCAGAUAAGUGCACGAUGGCUUUUCUCUAUUGGCCUGUUCAUGGUGGGUGGCAUCAACAUGCUGUUCUCACAGUCCUCCACUGUGGCCGUGUUCUCCGGGCUCUGGUUCCUGAACGGACUUGGCCAGGGCUUUGGGUGGCCGCCGUGUGGAAAAGUGCUCCGUAAGUGGUUUGAGCCGUCUCAGUUUGGGACGUGGUGGGCUGUGCUGUCCUGCAGUAUGAACCUAGCUGGUGGAAUGGGGCCAAUCAUAGCCAUGCUUCUGGCUGAGACCUACAGCUGGAGGUCUACUCUAUCCAUCUCUGGCAUGACUUGUGUGGUCAUGUCCGUCUUCUGCCUACUGGUGAUCCAUAAUGAGCCUAAAGAUGUUGGACUGCCCAAUAUAGAAGCUAGUGCAAAGAAAGGCAAAGCAGGUUCCAGUAGGGACGAGAGCACCUUUAAGGAGUUCAUUCUGUCUCCGUAUCUGUGGCUAAUAUCAUUUGGCUACCUGGUAGUGUUUGGAGUCAAGACUGCUUGCACAGACUGGGGUCAGCUCUUCCUCAUCCAGGACAAGGGCCAGUCAGCACUGAUGGGCAGUUCUUACAUGAGCACCUUGGAGAUUGGGGGUCUGGUGGGCAGUUUAGCUGCUGGAUAUCUGUCCGACAGGGCUGUGGCACGGCAAGGACUGCGUGCGUAUGGUAACCCACGGCAUGGUCUCCUGAUCUCAAUGAUGGCAGGAACUUGCAUCUCCAUGUACCUUUUCCGAACCACUGUCACUCCGGAAAGCUCAAAUGUUUGGAUUCUCUCUCUGGGUGCUGUUUUUGGUUUCUCUUCUUAUGGACCAGUUGCUCUGUUUGGAGUCAUUGCUAAUGAGAGCGCUCCUUCCAACUACUGUGGAACGUCACAUGCUAUUGUAGCCUUGAUGGCAAAUGUUGGAGGGUUUCUUUCUGGGUUGCCAUUCAGUACUAUUGCAAAACACUAUGGCUGGGAUACAGCAUUCUGGGUAGCAGAGGUUACCUGUGUCGCCAUGACGGUUAGUUUUUUCCUCCUCCGUAACAUCCAAACCAAAAUGGGACGGGCUCUGAAGAAGACUGAUUGAUCAACAGCGUUAAUGGAUCGUCCAAGUUACGAAGUCAGUGCUUUCAACAACAAAGUGACGUAUCCAACACUUAUGAUUUCUAUAAACCUGAAUGUUUCCAGUAUCUGUAAAAUUAAGACAGGAUUCUAUUGUAGAUGUAAAGAAAUCUGAUGAAGUGUUAAAGCAUAAUCACUGGUUUAUGCUACUAUUGUAAAUAUCUCAAAUGAUUAACGGGUAACCUUGAAACACUACGAGGAUUAUUUUAAGGGUGCUGUGCUUUGGGGAAAUUUGUUCUAAUUUGAGGUACCUGAAAGGACCAAACGUUGUGGAAUAAAUGCAUUUAAAAACCAUGUCCGAGUUUAGACAUUCAAUUAACUUCAACGUUACAAAUUAUGGGCUUGCAACGGGGGAAAAAAACAUGAAGGACACAUAAUUGGUGUGCUGUAGAAUUUGCAGUUACUCCACCAAAAUUCACCCUUUUCUACUUUCAGCCCAUUUUUCAUAGUGAAUAUUAUCAGGUUUAAUUAUAAAUUCAGUAUUUUGAUGAAGAACAAACAUGUACAUGUUGUUGUAAAGAAGUAAUAAUUUCAAAACUUGUAAUCAUUCCAAGUGCCACAUUAAAACCAUCUCCAGCAUGAUCAUGACUAAUUUGUCAUUUAUUCUGCAUUCAAGGAAAUACAACUGAAACUGAGGCAACUCAACAUGGUUCUACCUCUGUUACUGUAACUUUAUAUGUGGUGUUAUGGAAACAAUAUUUUUCAUGAAUACAUUGACAUUUACUGUAUAUUAAAUAAAGAUGUUA